AUGAAUCCCUCACUUCUCCUCCUUCGCCCCGGAUCUGCAGAUUGGCCGCUCGUUUCCUCCCCGGAGAUGGCGACGGGAUCCAUGGAGGCGGCCCUCAUCGGCGACCCGACGGCCAAGCUCCCCGACGACCUCCUUGUCGAGGUCAUCUCCCGCGUGCCGUACAAGUCGACCUGCUGCUGCAAGUGCGUCUCCACGCGCUGGCGGGACCUCAUCUCCCACCCCGACCACCGCAAAAUAUUUCCCCGGUCGACCCUUGCCGGCUUCUUCUACACAACCCUCGCCACGGACGACCAUCCACAUCUUUCUCAUGGUUACCGAAGCGUCUCCGGAAACUGGUGCCCUCAUGACGCCUCCCUCUCGUUCCUGUCCGAAUACGAGAGCCUUCAAAUCUUGGAUUGCUGCAACGGCCUCCUCCUCUGCCGAGCCCGGAAGUCGACUGACCCAGAGACACUGGAUGACCCCAAGACGCUGGAUUACGUGGUGUGCAAUCCCGCCACCGAGAAAUGGGUAACCGUGCCCGCCACCAAGUGGUCCUGGUUGGUGGACAGUGCUUGCCUAGGAUUCGACCCGGCCGUCUCCGCACACUUCUAUGUGUUCGAGUUGGUACCUGACAUUGCUUGGGAUCCGAGUAAGAGGGACCAUUAUAGCAUCAAAGCGGUGGGUAUUUACUCUUCCGAAUCUGGAGUUUGGACGCAUCCAAUUGAGAUACUCUGCUUAUCAGGUUGCGCGUUUUUGAGCAGAGUGUUGUAUCUAUGUCCUGAUAAUAAUUCAGUUGCAGCCGUCGACGUGGAAGGAAAUUGUAGGAUCAUUCCUAUUCCUACUUCACAUGAUGCCCCUGACUGUCCUAAUGUCUAUGCAUCACAGGGACAGUUGUAUCUCACAAUUCAGGGUGCUUCUGAACUAUCAAUCUGGGUUCUUGAAGAUUCUAGUAGUGAAAAUUGUUGGACCCUGAAGCUCAAUGUCAGCCACUUGCGACUGUUCGGAAUAGAGUAUUCUAGUUCUGAGCAAUAUUAUGGUGUUAUCUCAGCCCACCCAGAACACGAUGUGAUAUUCAUAAUCAAAGGAUUUAGAUUGUGGUACCGACCAGAGAAGAAAUUAUUUUCAUACGAUAUGGAUUCUGGGGAGCUGUGUUUCAUAUGUGAUCUUCCAUGGAAUUCCACGUGCCCUUAUCUUUCCUAUGUUCCUUUGUUCUCGGAGUCAUUGGCAGAUGGGCACUAA